AUGGCCUCCAAGACGGCGAAUCGUACUCCUCCGAGGUCUCGUCGGGACCCCGAGGGGCGCGUUCCGGGACGGGACAAGUAUUCGGUGCUGUUGCCCACCUACAACGAGCGCGAGAACCUGCCGCUCAUCGUGUGGCUGCUGGUGAAGAGCUUCUCGGAGAGUGGAAUCAACUAUGAAAUUAUAAUCAUAGAUGAUGGGAGCCCAGAUGGAACAAGGGAAGUUGCUGAACAGUUGGAGAAGAUCUAUGGAUCAGACAAAAUUCUUCUAAGACCACGGGAGAAAAAGUUGGGACUAGGAACUGCAUAUAUACAUGGAAUGAAACAUGCCACAGGAAAUUACAUAAUUAUUAUGGAUGCUGAUCUCUCACACCAUCCAAAAUUUAUUCCUGAAUUCAUUAGGAAGCAAAAGGAAGGUAAUUUUGACAUUGUCUCUGGAACUCGCUACAAAGGAAAUGGAGGUGUUUAUGGCUGGGAUUUGAAAAGAAAAUUAAUCAGCCGUGGGGCCAAUUUUAUAACUCAGAUUUUGCUGAGACCAGGAGCAUCUGAUUUAACAGGAAGUUUCAGGUUAUAUCGAAAAGAAGUUCUACAGAAAUUAAUAGAAAAAUGUGUUUCUAAAGGCUACGUUUUCCAGAUGGAAAUGAUUGUUCGAGCAAGACAGUUGAAUUAUACUAUUGGCGAGCUGAGGAGCGAGAGGAGCGCGGCCGCCGCCGUCCGCCUGCCCGAGCCAGUGAAGCGGCGUCUCCCACACCCUCCGUCUCCUCCCUCCGCCCCUCCUUUGUCUGCACCGCUCGACGACGCCGCCGCCCGCGCGGGGACUGGAGGAAGCCGCUCGCGCCACCGCCGCCGCCCGCCCGCCCGCCCGCCGCUCUGCUGCGCCCGCCGCGCCCCCCGGCAGCAGCCGCGGCCGCGGCGCGAGCCGGAGCCCGCCGAGGCCACCGAGCCCGGGCGCGCCCUCGCCGCCACCGCCGUGCCGCCGCCGCCCGCCCGCCGCUGCUCCCGCCCGGCCCCCGAGCACGCCGGCCCCGCGCGCGCCUCGAGGCCGAGUCAAGAAACUAUGUUCCAACUUCCUGUCAACAAUCUUGGCAGUUUAAGAAAAGCCCGGAAAACUGUGAAAAAAAUACUUAGUGACAUUGGGUUGGAAUACUGUAAAGAACACAUAGAAGAUUUUAAACAGUUUGAACCUAAUGACUUUUAUUUGAAAAACACUACAUGGGAGGAUGUAGGACUAUGGGACCCUUCACUUACAAAAAACCAGGACUACCGGACAAAACCUUUUUGCUGCAGCGCUUGUCCAUUUUCUUCAAAAUUCUUCUCUGCCUACAAAAGUCAUUUUCGGAAUGUCCAUAGUGAAGACUUUGAAAAUAGGAUUCUCCUUAAUUGCCCCUACUGUACCUUCAAUGCAGACAAAAAGACUUUGGAAACACACAUUAAAAUAUUUCAUGCUCCAAAUGCCAGCACACCAAGUAGCAGCCUCAGCACUUUCAAAGAUAAAAGCAAAAAUGAUGGCCUUAAACCUAAGCAGGCUGACAGUGUGGAGCAAGCUGUUUAUUACUGUAAGAAGUGCACUUACCGAGAUCCUCUUUAUGAAGUAGUUAGGAAGCACAUUUACAGGGAACAUUUUCAGCAUGUGGCAGCACCUUACAUAGCAAAGUCAGGUGAAAAAUCACUCAACGGUGCUGUCCCCUUAAGCCCAAAUGCCUGGGAAGAGGGUAGUAUUCACUGCAAGCGAUGCCUUUUCAUACCAAAGUCCUAUGAAGCUUUGGUACAGCAUGUCAUCGAAGACCAUGAACGCAUAGGCUAUCAGGUCACUGCCAUGAUUGGGCACACAAAUGUGGUGGUUCCCCGAUCCAAGCCUCUGAUGCUAAUUGCUCCCAAACCUCAAGAGAAGAAGGGCAUGGGACUCCAAUCAAGAAUUGGUUCCCUUGCUUCUGGAAACGUCCGGUCUUUGCCUUCACAGCAGAUGGUGAAUCGACUCUCAAUACCAAAGCCUAACUUAAAUUCUACAGGAGUCAACAUGAUGUCCAAUGUCCACCUACAGCAGAACAAUUAUGGAGUCAAAUCUGUAGGCCAGGGCUAUGGCGUUGGUCAGUCAAUGAGACUGGGUCUAGGUGGCAACGCACCAGUUUCCAUCCCUCAGCAGUCUCAGUCUGUGAAGCAGUUACUUCCAAGCGGAAAUGGAAGAUCUUUCGGGCUUGGGGCAGAGCAAAGGUCCCAGGCACCAGCACGAUACUCCCUGCAGUCUGCUAAUGCCUCUUCUGUCUCAACAGGCCAGUUAAAGUCUCCUUCCCUCUCCCAGUCCCAGGCAUCCAGAGUAUUAGGUCAGUCCAGUUCCAAACCUACUGCAGCUGCCGCAGGCCCACCCGUAGCCAAUACUUCCUCAACCCAGAAAUGGAAAAUAUGUACGAUCUGUAAUGAGCUUUUCCCUGAAAAUGUCUAUAGUGUGCACUUCGAAAAAGAACAUAAGGCUGAGAAAGUUCCAGCGGUAGCCAACUACAUUAUGAAAAUACAUAAUUUUACUAGCAAAUGCCUCUACUGUAAUCGCUAUCUGCCCACAGAUACCCUGCUCAACCAUAUGUUAAUUCAUGGUCUGUCUUGUCCAUUCUGCCGUUCAACUUUCAAUGAUGUGGAAAAGAUGGCAGCACACAUGAGGAUGGUUCACAUUGAUGAAGAGUUGGGACCUAAAACAGAUUCUACCUUGAGUUUUGAUUUGACAUUGCAGCAGGGUAGUCACACUAACAUUCAUCUCCUUGUAACCACAUACAACCUGAGGGAUGCCCCAGCUGAAUCUGUUGCUUAUCAUGCCCAAAGUAACCCUCCGAUCCCUCCAAAGCCACAGCCAAAACUUCCGGAGAAAGCAGAUACUCCUGUUAGAAGUUCACCUCAAGCUGCAGUACCCUAUAAAAAAGAUAUUGGGAAAACCCUUUGCCCUCUUUGCUUUUCAAUCCUAAAAGGACCCAUAUCUGAUGCACUUGCACAUCACUUACGAGAGAGGCACCAAGUUAUUCAGACGGUUCAUCCAGUGGAGAAAAAGCUUACCUAUAAAUGUAUCCAUUGCCUUGGUGUGUAUACCAGCAACAUGACUGCCUCAACGAUCACUCUGCAUUUAGUUCACUGCAGGGGUGUUGGGAAGACCCAGAAUGGCCAAGAUAAGACAAAUGCACCCUCUCGGCUUAAUCAGUCACCAGGACUGGCACCUGUGAAGCGCACUUACGAGCAAAUCGAAUUUCCCUUGACGAAAAAGCGAAAGUUAGAUGAUGAUAGUGAUUCACCCAGCUUCUUUGAGGAGAAGCCUGAGGAACCUGUUGUUUUAGCUUUAGACCCCAAGGGUCAUGAAGAUGAUUCCUAUGAAGACAGGAAAAGCUUCCUCACAAAGUAUUUCAACAAACAGCCCUAUCCCACCAGGAGAGAGAUUGAGAAGCUGGCAGCCAGUUUAUGGUUGUGGAAGAGUGACAUUGCUUCCCACUUCAGUAACAAGAGGAAGAAGUGUGUCCGAGACUGUGAGAAGUACAAGCCUGGUGUGUUGCUGGGCUUCAACAUGAAAGAAUUAAACAAAGUUAAACAUGAGAUGGAUUUUGAUGCUGAGUGGUUAUUUGAAAAUCAUGAUGAGAAAGAUUCCAGAGUUAAUGCUAGUAAAACUGCUGACAAAAAGGUCCACCUUGGGAAGGAAGAUGACAAUUCCUCAGACAGUUUUGAAAAUUUGGAAGAAGAAUCCAAUGGAAGCGGUAGCCCUUUUGACCCUGUUUUUGAAGUUGAGCCUAAAAUCCCUAAUGAUACUCCAGAGGAGCAUAUACAGAAGGUAAUUUCUGAGGAUGCUUUAGAAUCUGAGGAAAAGCUAGACCAAAAAGGUGUGGAUGGUUCAAAAUAUGAAACUAUUCAUUUGACUGAGGAACCAAACAAACUAAUGCAUGAUGCUUCUGAUAGUGAGGUUGACCAAGAUGAUGUUGUGGAGUGGAAAGGUGGCGCUUCUCCAUCUGAGAGUGGCCCUGGUUCCCAGCACGUGUCAGACUUUGAGGACAACACUUGUGAAAUGAAACCAGGUACCUGGUCCGAUGAGUCUUCCCAGAGUGAGGAUGCAAGAAGCAGUAAGCCAGCUGCCAAAAAAAAGGCUACCAUGCAAGGUGACAGAGAGCAGUUGAAAUGGAAGAAUAGUUCCUAUGGAAAAGUUGAAGGGUUUUGGUCCAAGGACCAGUCACAGUGGAAGAAUGCAUCUGAAAAUGAUGAGCGCUUGUCCGGUCCACAGAUUGAGUGGCAGAAUAGCACAAUUGACAGUGAGGAUGGGGAGCAGUUUGAGAACAUGACUGAUGGAGUAGCUGAGCCAAUGCAUGGCAGCUUAACUGGAGUUAAACUGAGCAGCCAACAGGCAUAA